CUCAGAAGUUGUCGCCUGCUGCACAGUCAGCCUAUGUGUUUGUGUUGUUUAAAUGUGUGUGUGUGAGGGUGAAAGAGGCGCGUUAUUUAUGAGAAACUGUAUAUAAACUAAAUUAUUUUGCACUAAGUUAUAUAUUUAAGGCAGCUUUUCCAAAGCCUCAGGAAAGCGGCCCACUCCAAAGGGGGAACCUGAAGACGGUCACCAUGGUUGCCACAAGCACAUUGAAGAAGACCAAAAGCAGCGAGUGUAUUUCGGAGCUGGUCGAGAGAAGAUGCGACCGUGUCUGCAUUGAAAAAGAGUUGGAUUUCUGGGAUCACUGCUUGGCCGAGCCCCAGAGGAACGCGGACGCCUCCGAGGACAGGACCUGUCAGCAGCUGGCCAAGAUGUUCGAGAACUGCCUCUCGAGGGCCAAGAAGACGACGCUGCACUGCUCCUCCGUGCUGGUGCCGGAGAAGCUGACGCGGAGGAUAGCCCGCGAGGUCCUGCGGCUGUCGUCGUGCGAGCCCUGCGGCCUGCGCGGCUGCGUCCUCUACGUCCACCUGGAGCUGGAGAAGGGCUGCAGGCAGCUGGAGCGCAUCGUCUACGACGCCAGCGUGGUGCCCACGUUCGAGCUGACUCUUGUGUUCAAGCAGGACGGCACCGCCUGGCCCAGCCUGAGGGACUUCCUGUUCAUGGGCACCUGCUUCGCCCCGGCUUUCAGGCACGUGCUCAAACUGAGCCCGGGUUUCCGGCUCGUCAAAAAGAAACUGUACUCCUCCUCGGCUGGUACCGUGGUAGAGGAGUGCUGAACUCUGGUGGGGGAUAUCGGGUUUCCCGUAGGUGAAGGCACAUCUGCCCAAAUUGAAAUGACCCUCGAGUGGUGUCAGAUUUUCUACAGUGUUUUUUGUACAAUACAGUUCGUCUGUUCGACUAUUAGCUUGUCAGCGUAGGAUGUGAGGUUAAAAGCUUAUGCACACGCAAACCUGGUAGUUCUAGGUUUGAGCUCAUUGUUUCUUAAAUUUUUUUUUAUUAAAAAAAAAAAAAAAAUUGGCAAAAUUCGAUUUUUCCAGAUUUUUGUCUGACGAGAGCGUUUACGGCUCGCGUCGUUUUAAAUUGUACGUUUUUUUUGCAGAAGAAUGUAAAACGAUGUUCACGUCAACGUGUUUGAGAGGGACAUACUGUGGGUACACUUUUGUUGAAGACACUAGCCACUUUGUUGAUGCGUCUGCCUGUUUCCAGAUACACUGAAUGUCCAGCAACAGUAAACACACCGCGGCUUGAAUAGGAGACUAAAACGUAGUCUUUUGGGGGCCAUAUGGAGCUAGUUGUGUGUUGCUGUAUUAAGGGCUGCGGAUGUUUUUGUUUUGUUUUUUUCGUCUUUUUAAGACUGCGUGUCUUGUGAAGAUGCUGCUGUCGCGGUGUGGGCUCGUCACACUUAGGAGACUGUGGAUGCCUUAAAUGUCGUAAAAAUGUACUUUCUUUUUUUUUUUUUUUUUCCACUCGGAUCACAGUGAUGAUGUUCAGAGCAGAGGUUUUAUUGUGUUUUCAUUUUUAUAUCUCCACCCCCUGAGACGCACCUUUUCGACGCCUUUCUAAAAUACUAAAAGGUCGGAUCGCCGGAUUGAAGACGCCUUUAUUCGUUUUUACUUGGACUCUCAAAGAAAUUACUCAAGGUUUUUUUUGUUUAAUUCCCUACUGUUUUUUGCACUUAUUAAUGUUGAAGACAACUAGGACUUGUCUAUUGGACAAUAAAAGAUUUAAACAUUC